CGACGCCAGGCGGCGCAGAAAUGUAAACAGGCGGAAUGACCGCUUGUCAGAGCUUAUCACAAAAUUCGGAGCCGCAAUGGUGCUGAAAAUAAGCGUAAGAUUGCUCUAGCUGCCGGAACGAAUCACGUAUGUGCCAAAAUCCUGGUCGAAGAACGUGAAAGGAUGCAGGGAUCAGCAUUCUAGUUUCACAAUGAAAAGGUGACAAGCACAGGCCGUGGACCAAGAAAAAGUCUGAAUGGGGGCAGCGAGUUCCUCCCAUGACCCUGCCUGCCCAAGGCCAGAGCCCCACUGGAUUCACUAUGGCUCCAUCAACCUGGAGGACGAAGUGCCGGCCGAGGCACUCAAAGUGGGGGCUUCUGUGGGGAAAAAGAUUUCUCCCGUGCGGAGAUUCUUUGCCCUGUUGGCCACAUUUGAUGUCUGCUUUUGCUCUUUCCUCUGGAUUCUCUGUGCAAUGCUGCAGUACAAGUCAGUAAAACUAGUCUAUGAAAAAGAAAUCCUUGGAUAUGGAAUUUCGACUUCCCUGUUUGAUAUGUCUGUCCUAUCCGCCCUUCGUUUCGUGGUGCUGAUUUUAGCAUAUGUUGUGUUCCGGUUGAAACACUGGCUCCUUGUUGCACUCAUGACAACGCUGAGUGGCGCCAUCGUCAUCUGCAAGACCUUCCUGUACGACUGGCAGGGCCAGUUGGCAGUGAACUCUGGUGUCCUUGCUGGAGUACUGCUUCUCGUGACAUCAUUCGUGCUGCCCUGGGGGCAGGCCUGGUUUUUGGACUUCCGUGUGGUGCCUAGCGAGAACCGGGCUUCGCAGCUGCUUGCACGCAUAGUCAAUGAUGCCUUCCCACCUGUGCCAUCAACCAUUGGCCGAGAGAAUGCACGCAGUGAGGAUGGUGGCACCACUUUCUACUCGCCUGAAAGCGGAUCUGAAAGUGAGUCCUUCGCAGGAGAUGAUGUGCGCGUUAGAAGUGAUGUUCAGCUACCUCAUGACCUGCGGGUCAGAUUUGAGCAGCCAGAGUGUGCUCCGAAACUGCUGGCCCCUGAGGAACGUUCAUACAAGCGCAAAGCUGAGGAGGCCUUGGACACAGCAUUGAAGAUAUUCCACGAGAGCAAUUGGAAAACUGAAAAGAUGGACCACAACGGUGCGAUUCAAACCUGCCAUCAUUCCAAAUUUGGCAAGGUCUACAAAUAUGCGGGUACACUGCCGGCAUCUCCAGAAAUUAUUUUGGACAUCCUGUUCAACAAAUUGGAAGAGCAAGUCCUGUGGAACCCUUCAGUGAGGGAAGCCAGGGUAAUAGAGAGUAUAGACAGUCAGACAGACAUUGUGUACAUACUAUCGGACGGUGCAAAAGGAGUCGUUUCUUGCAGGGAUUUUGUGAACCUGAGGAUGUGGCAAAAGCGUGGCGAGUCCUACUUACUGUGUGCCAUUGGUGCGGAGCAUGCCAAGCAGCCACCAAAGAAAACGAUUGUGAGAGGUGAACAGGGACCCCUGUUGUACAUGCUGGCUCCAUCAGAUACAGAAAUGCAUCGAAGCAAAUUCCAGUGGCUACUCAACGUCAAUCUCAAGGGCUGGCUCCCACAGUACAUAAUAGACAAAGCGAUGGCCAAGAGCAUGUUUGAGUAUGCUGAUGCACUCAAAGCCCAUCUCAACAGCCUCGAAAUGUCUCCAGAGAACAUCUGAAACAGUCAUCACAUCCCUUGAACGUUCAGCGUUUAUUAUUUUUUUACAAGAUCACAUAUGUCACAGUGAUUAAACUUUU